AUGGCCCUUCCGCCCUUCCGCCCUUCCACCCGCCAGCCUGUCCGCCUCGACGCUCCGAUAUCCGAAGGCGAGAGAGAAUCGAAACGAGAGAGACAGCGGCCCUGCAUCCCUACCUCAUCACUACCUCUCAUCCUCCCCAUCUUACUUAGCAGCACGCUAGGCAGCCCGGAGCCAUACAGGGGGCGCAUUCGGAGCAGCAUGUCUUCGCCAUCUGCGUUUGCGCUCGCCGAGCAGCAGGAGCACAUCAUCGCACCAGACGAUUCGGACUUCCUCGACUCGGACGCCGAGGGCACCCCGCAUCCGGACGACCACCUCAUCGAGUCGGCCGUGCUCCAAGAUGUUCCCGGCGCUGCUUCCUCCUCCUCAUCACCCGCGAGACGUGCGCGCUCAGCCAAGGGCAAGCUGUGGCCGGCGCAUCCGCUCAUCCGCAUCCACAAGCGGCUGUGGUUCACCUGGUUCGACGCCUCGCUGCCCAACGAGGACGAGCUCAACCUCGACGCGGGCCACGGCGCGGCGUGGACCAACUUUGACGACGGCGAGGUGAGCAAGUACGUCGACGCGGCCGAGACCAAGCCGGCACGGCUGCACUGGUUCAACAUCGACCACGACCUCGUGUACCUGAGCUUCUGGUUCGACUGGGGCCCGUUGAACGUCGGCAUGUUCUACCGCUUCUGCCUGCACGUGCACCACAUGCUCACGGAUCCGGACAUGCAGGAUGCGACGCUCGUGCUCUACACCACGCACGCGCCCGCGCAAAAGGCGAAUGCGGCGCUGCUCGCCACGCUGUACGCCAUGAUCAUCGGCAAGGUCUCGCCCGCCGACGCCUUCUAUCCGAUCUCGGAGCUCGAGUUCAAGCCGUUCCGCGACGCAGGCUACGGGCGCGCCGACUACAACCUCUCGAUCCAGGACGUGCUGUACGGCGUGCAGCGCGCCAUCAACCACGGCCUGCUCGACCUCACCACGUUCAACCUGGACGAGUACGAAAAGUACGAGCAGGUGCACAACGGCGACUGGAACUGGAUCACGCCCAACUUUAUCGCCUUUGCCUCGCCCAACGACCGCACGUACGUCGAGGCCCUCCGCACGGGCGAUGGCCGUCUGCCCUCCAACUACAGCUUCCGCCCACCCGGGGAGGACAAGCUGUUCGGCCGCACCAUCCGCUACUUUAAGGAGCGCGGCGUCCAGCUCGUGGUGCGCCUCAACAAUCCGCUGUACGACCGCGACGCCUUCGUGCACGCGGGCAUCCAGCACGCCGACAUGUACUUUGACGACGGCUCCAAUCCGACCGACGACAUCCUCGCCGACUUUAUCGCGCGCGCCGACGAGGUGAUUCGCAACGACGGCGUCGUCGCUGUUCACUGCAAGGCGGGCCUCGGCCGCACGGGCGUGCUGAUCGGCGCAUACCUCGUUUGGAAGCACGGCUUUAGUGCGGGCGAGGCGAUUGGGUUCAUGCGCUUCAUGCGGCCCGGCUGCGUGGUGGGGCCGCAGCAGCACUUCAUGUACCAGAACUUUGUCGAGUGGGUCAAGUGGGGGGUGCGCGACCAGGCGCUCGCCGACGCGCGCAAGAUGCUCGCCGAAGAAAAGGCACGGCUCGAGGCGCAGUACAAGCCGAGCACGCCGCCGUCGACGACACGCGCGGUCAAGCGGCGUGCGGCCGGGUCGGACGCCGCCAAGGUGGCGGGCGACGAGAGUGUGGCCGACGAGCACGAGGGAUCGGAUACGGAUGCCGAGGAGCACGACGAGGCGGCGCGGCCGCGGCAGAAGCACAAGCGGGAGGCGGACGAGGCGCCGGUCACGCCGCGUGCACAGCGCGGCGGGUCGCGCGCCGUGCCUGCGUCGGCGGCACCAGGAGUCAAGCCGGCACCAUGUGUGGGGCAGCCGCGCAAGUCGCCGUCGCCAUCGCGCAAGCGGCCGGCCAUCCAGGCGCCCGCAACCGUGGCGCGGCUGGAGCUCAACACGCGCCGCUACCCGACGGGCGCCUCGUCGUUCAGCCAGCACCUGCUGCGUGCCACGAACGCCGUGCACGUCGAUGCCGAUUCGGACGCGGAAGAAAACGCCUCUCUCGACGCGUGUGCUGCGGGUGGGAGCACAGCGGGCGUGCUGGUCGAAGCGCGCAUCAACGUAGCCACUCCCCUGCGCGCGUCGCCCAAGGCGGCGGUGGGGACGCCGUCUCCCGUCGCUCGCGUACGAGGCUUCGAGCGUCCGCGCGCCAGCACUGUCGGCAGCAUCGCCACGCCGAUUCGCACCUCGAGCCGCAGUGCGAGCCCCGCCAGCCCGGGUCGGGACGUGGUUCGGGCCUCGCCGGGCAUUCGCGAUCGGUACGGCCUGCGCGACAGCAAGAGUCCGCCUCCGGCCACGCCGCCGACGCUGCGCACCUCGCGCCACGCGAGCCCGGUCAAGAUCGCGCCGCUCGUCGCGCGCGUCACGGACGCCGAGGUGCUGGGUGUGCUCGCGUGCAUCCCGCAGACCGACCGCGCCUCGCCGCCCAAGCCUGCGCCGAAGCCCGUGGCUGCGGUGGCGGAUGAGAAUGCCAUCCGCGCACCCGUGACCGCACCUAAGGUGCUGCGCACCGUCCGGUCCAAGCCCACGCUUACCGCUUCGGCCGCCCCUGGUGUUCGACGUGGAGUGGUGGCAGGGGCUCGCAGUGUAUCUGCCAAGACAGCUGCUGCGCCGGUGGUACGCACGGUGCGCGCACAGAAGAGCACCGCCGACCUGCGCACUGCCGCGCCCGCCUCACGCAGCGUCAGCAGCUCGAGCACGUCGAGCACCGCCGCCACCGUCUCGCGCGGGGGCAGCCGUCUCACCGCACCGACGGCGGCGAGUGCAGCGCGUGCAGCAGCAGCCGCGGCGCAGCGUGCCAAAGUCGCGCCUCCAGCAGCAGCAGCAGCGGGUGGGGUGAGGAAGGUGUCGGUGCUGAGGCCGCAGCCUGUGCGCAGGAGAAGGAGCAGCACGGGCCAGGCGGAUGUAGAUCUUCACCCGCCCACCUUUUCCGACCUCAGCCUCUUUUCCCCAUUGCCUCGCCAUCCUCCGAAGAUGUCACGACUUUCGAACCGGGUGUGUAUCGUAACGGGGGGUAUGCGGGGGUUCGGAGCGUCGAUUGUGUCGCUCUUUGCCUCGCACGGUGCCCGGAUCCUGGUGCUUGACCUCCUCACUCCCUCGGCGGGGUACUAUACGCCGAGCCCCGACGCUACCUCCCUUACGCCCUCCUCUGCCACAACAAACAUCUACGCAGUAGCUGCGGACAUUACAUCUCGAGACUCGUGGGUGUCGGCGCUGGCGACGGUCAAGGAGCUGUGGGGGGCGGUGCCGGACGUGGUGGUGAAUAACGCAGGCUGGACCUACUCGAACAAGCCGACGCUCGACGUGACCGACGCAGACUUCGACCGCGUGUUUGCGAUCAAUGUCAAGUCGGUCUUUCUCAGCACCGACGUUGUGCUCCCCGCCAUGCUCGAGGCCCAACUGGACGACGCCGUGUUCGUCAAUGUCUCCAGCACCGCCGCUAUCCGUCCGCGACCCAAACUGGUCUGGUAUAAUGCAUCCAAAGGCGCUGUGAGUACAGCGACCAAGGCGCUCGCCGUCGAAUACGCCCCACACAAGGUCCGAUUCAACACCGUCUCUCCCGUCGCUGGCAACACCCCCCUCUUGUCGAAAUUCGCCGGCUCAGCAGAGGCAGGCGAUACAAUGUCGCCGCACCAACUGGCGCAGUUCCACGCCUCGAUCCCCAUCGGCCGUCUCUCCGAGGGAAGCGACAUUGCAAACGCCUGUCUGUUCCUCGCCGACGCCGCCUCCAACUUCAUCACAGGCAUCGACAUUCCCGUCGACGGCGGUCGCUGCGUCUAG